UUUCUCUUCCAGAAGGCAAGGAGCAGACGCAGAGAUGCAGAUCUUCGUGAAGACCCUGACUGGCAAGACCAUCACCCUCGAGGUCGAACCCAGUGACACCACUGAGAGUGUCAAAGCUAAAAUCCAAGACCGGGAGGGCAUCCCGCCUGACCAGCAGCGCCUGAUUUUUGCCGGCAAACAGCUGGAGGAUGGCCGCACUCUCUCAGACUACAAUAUUCAGAAAGAGUCCACCCUGCACUUGGUGCCUCGUCUGCGUGGGGGCAUCAUGGAGCCCUCCCUCUGCCCGCUCGGGGCUGUCUGCACCCCCCCACGCUGCCAACUGCUGCAAGAAGUGUGGCCACACCAACAACCUGCGCCCCAAGGACAUUAAAUAAGGCCCCUCCACCACUUCCUCGGUGCAGGGUGGCCUUUUGCCAGAACCCUGUGACCCUGGGGCCCCAAUAAAAUUUGCCUUUCUGUUGACUGGAAAA